AACAAAAGCAUGUCUCUUUUAACUCGCUUCGUUUCCAAAACACAAAACCAGUCGUAUACAUUUUAGUCUGAAAAUUCCCAGCUUUUCGAUUUUCCGACACCUUUUCCAGCUGCAAAGUCCUCUGAGAAACAGCAAAAAUGUGCGGAGGUGCUAUAAUAUCCGAUUUCAUAGCGCCGACUCGGUCCCGGCUCACCGCCGACUACCUCUGGCCCGAUCUCAAAAAACCCAGUUCGGGAAAGCGGUUCUCGAAGCCUCUCAGGCCCGAAAUCGUUGACUUAGGCGAUGACUUCGAGGCUGAUUUCCAGGAAUUCAAGGACGAGUCUGAUGUGGAUGAAGAUGAUGAAAUGGUUGAGGCCAAGCCCUCUGCUUUCUCUGCUGGAAAGCCCUCUUCUGCUCGUGGCUCUACAACGGUGAAAUCAGUGGAGUUCAAUGGGCAGGCUGAGAAAUCUGCAAAGAGAAAGAGGAAGAACCAGUACAGGGGAAUUCGCCAGCGCCCAUGGGGUAAGUGGGCUGCAGAGAUCCGAGAUCCAAGGAAAGGGGUCCGGGUUUGGCUUGGAACUUUCAACACUGCAGAAGAAGCUGCAAGGGCUUAUGAUUCCGAGGCACGUAGAAUUCGUGGCAAGAAAGCCAAGGUUAAUUUCCCUGAUGAAACCCCACGAUCUUCUGCAAAGCGUUCUGUCAAGGCAAAUCCUCAGAAAAUGCAACCCAAGACAAACAUGAAUGCCAUUCAGCCUAAUCUGAACCAGAAUAUCAAUUUUGUGAAUGACCCAAAUCAGGACUACUACAAUGCUAUGGGUUUUCUGGAUGAAAAGCCACCAACUAAUAACUUUGGGUUUAUGUCCACCUUCCCUGCCAAUGAUGUUGCGCUGAAAUCCUCUAAUCCAUCCGAUGCUGUCCCCCUGUAUUUCAGCUCUGAUCAGGGAAGCAAUUCUUUUGAUUGUUCUGACUUUGGCUGGGGAGAACAAGGUUCAAAGACUCCAGAAAUAUCAUCUGUCCUUUCAUCUGUUAUGGAAGAAAGUGAUGACUCACUGUUUCUGGAGGAUGCUAACCCAACGAAGAAACUGAGGUCUAACCCAGAGGAUCUGGUGCCUGUUCAAGAUAAUGCAGGAAAGACACUGACUGAUGAGCUCUCAGCUUUUGAGAUGAAGUACUUUCAGACGCCAUAUCUUGAUGGGAGCUGGGAUGCUUCAGUGGACGCCUUCCUCACCGCAGAUGCAACUCAGGAUGGUGGCAACUCAGUGGACCUUUGGUGCUUCGAUGACCUGGUUGGGGGAGGUUUCUGAGCGAACUUUUCCCCAUCCAUUCUAUUUUAUGUAAAUAAAGCUACAUGAUGGUUUUCUCUGGGUUUGGAGUGCAAGCUGUUGAACAUGCAUAAGGCUUGUAUGGGGAGUACUUUAAGCCGUAGCAAUGGUCUAUGGAGAGCAUAUAGGUAUUAGGUUUACUUUCGCCUCCAAAGACUUAGAAUUUGGGUUGCUGAACUUGAUGUUUGUAUUCAUGACAUUGUGUGAGUGAGCUAUGAUGGAUGAUACUGAAACCUGGUAAUUGUGAACUUCCGUUAAAUUUAUUCAGGUCUUUCUUUUUAUAAGAGGCCAUCAAAUUUUG